GCUGAUUGAGUAGCUCUUGCGGUAUAAUAAGUCUCGGCUCGUAGCGCGUUCAUCGAACUCGUGGUAAAUCGGAGCGUCGAGCGGCAGACUCCAUCAUCAGUUGGUAAAUACGAGUCGACUCGUGAAAGCUCGCUGUCGCACAUAAACAUGAUUCUGGCCCUGGGUGUUUUGCUUGUGUGGACUAACGUCCGCGGCUGCUGGUUCGUCCUCCAGACCCUGGCUCUGGCCAUCGAGCAGGCAUUCAUCCCUUAGUUAUUGUGUUUUUCUCAAGUUUGAAGCUGCGAGUCGAGGGCUGAGAGCAUUUUGACGUUUCGCCAUGAGCUGUUUUGACGCGAGAGUCGCCGUUGUCGAUUAUCUAGAGUAUUCAAUAGCAAAGUGUGACAAUUCUAUUGUUUAGAAACAUUUUAGCGACUUAGCAUCUCUACUUGUGACUGCUUAACAUGGCUACUGCUAAAGUUUAUCAACCAGAUCAGGAACUAGAGACUAGAGUGAAGAAAGCAACCGAAAGGAUAUCAGAAAAUCUUCACAUAGUGGCCAAUGAACCGUCUCUGGCAUUUUAUCGUUUACAAGAGCACGUUAGGAAAGCUUUGCCACCUAUGGUGGAAAAAAGAGUUGAAGUAUUAGCCCUGAGGCAACAAUUGCAAGGUCGCUGCUACGAUGUUGAAUAUGCUGUAACUGCAAUCAAAAACAUGGAAGGCGCUACUAAGAGCUUUGAAAAUACCAUGGAGCUUUUGAAAAAUGCAAUAUUUUACAAGCAACAAAUCAAAUACGAAGAGCAGAGACGCAAGAAAGCCGAAGGAGGUAACAGAGACUCUAUGUACAAAAGACUUUCAGCUCAUAUCCCUACAUUGCCAGAAGAUCUAACUGAUGUGGUCAGAGAGACAGCCAGCAGAGUAGAGUCAAUGAUGAGUCAUGCCAGACAUUCUAAUGCGGAGAAUCCCAAAACCAAUUAAAUUACUGAUGUGACCAGAAUACAUUUGAUUGGGGAUCAACUUAUUAUGCAUUCUUUGUUUCUUAGUUAGCUUGAAAUUUCAUAGGAAAUAAGAAAAUAAGGACUGAUUUAUUGUCUUCGUUGACUCAAAGUGUAAAUAAGUUUAUUGGAAUUGUAUUAUUCAGUACACAGCCUUAUAGUCUUUGUCCAUGAUUUUAAUUUUAAUUUAUGGCAGUAUUGUAGAGUUAUUGGACAAAAAC